AUGUCAACACCGUCCUCCUACUCCACAGUUGGAGCCUCUCUCGCUCAGAGUCCGUUUAAUCAUAGCUCACGAUCGCCUCCAAGCUUAUCUUUUCCGCCCAAAAUAACAGUCCCAUUACCAUCUAACCUCAAUCCGAAGGAUUAUUUACCAAAGAAAAUUGCCGGCAGCAAGUCUUGUAAUGCAUUCAUGAUAUACAGAAAGGUGUUUGUGAACGAGUUGAUUGCAAGGCAACUUCGUUUCAAAAUGGUCGAGGUAUCACGUUGGGUCAGUGCUCAGUGGAAGAAAGAGGAUGAAGAUGUUAAAAAUGCGUAUCGUCAGUUUGCCAGGAAAGUAGACAAAAUGUAUCGAGAAAAAUCGGAAGCCAUUCCAAAACGAUUUGUUUUACCUGUUAGAUACAAUGCUGCUCCCUAUCCUUCGAUAUCGCACAAUCUUUUUGUUCCAAAUAAUCAUGCCGGACUCGCUCCUUACAUGGCAACAACAACAACGGGGGAAAAUAUUCAGCAGCAUUAUCCUAUAGGCGCAAAUCCACUAAAUAAUAGCUCGUUAUUACCGUUUUUUGGACUUCAUACCAUGGGCCCAACAUAUGGAGGUGUUGCUUCUUAUUCUGAAGACUUACGAACAAAUGCUUUUUGGCUUAGUGAGGAAAUUACCUCGGCAGAUUUCGUUUCUCUGUCGCAAAAUAAUUGUACUUCUUUAUCAUCCAGCUACGUGAACAGCGUGGGUAUGAACUCAAGUGAAGGGCCGAUACAACCGAGUCAAUUUCAAUUUGAUCAAAAAAGUUUUUAA